AUGCCCCAAGUCUUGUGCAGAAGACCUUUGCGGCAGCUGUUGUUUGCCAAGGCAUGGCAGUCUAGAACUCAUAGAAUUAGCCAUCCAUUACAGUCCAAAUUAGACAACAUCCAACCAUUCUCUGUGUCCUCGGCUUCAUACCAAUCAUCAUCUGUCUUUCAACCCAGAAUUAUAUCAAAAAAACCAUCAAAAGGAUUGACUACACAUACCCAGUACAAUCCAGCUGAUUUUGAACAGCAAUUGACUAUUUAUGCAAGAGCAGGUGAUGACAAGUCGGCGCUUGACUAUCUUGCUUUGAAUGGCCAUCCAUCUUGGACUCCUUUGGCCUUGUCUAUAUUUUUAAAACACUUCAAGCCAGAUCAAGAUGCAAGUCGGUUUGUGCAAGUCAUAUCGGAUUUAUUUGAAGAUGGUCGAUGCAUUCAACCCAUUCACUGCUUUAUUGUUGCCGAUCAAAUUGCUGCGUGGCCGUAUGGGAACCUGUUGACUAUGCAGAUUGGCGAUGCUGUCAUACGGAACACUACUCAUUUGGAUCCAAUCGGAUCUCUAGUUUUGCUACUGGCGUGCAAACGAACUUCAUAUACAGCCAUUGAAAAAUCCGUGCCAUUAAUUCAAAAUCCUACUAUGCGUAGCAUCCUGAGUCUGUAUAUCUUUGCUGACCAAAAGAUUCCUCCAGUACGUGAGCGUAUUAUGGAAAGAUUCGAGUUUCUUCAGGAGUUAUUUAAAGAGAUGGAUUGGACGGAUUCAAUUUACCACGAUACAGCAGUUGUAAAACGGAUAAUUGCUGGUGUUAUGAAUGCAGCAUCUGCAACUGGGGAUCCUUCUUUGGUAGAUGCACAAUCGCGAUGGUUCCGAUCUCAUUUACCAACAGCUGUUCUUGAAAAAGUAUCAUUAGAAUUUGAUAUAGCAAUGCUUGAUGCUACUGGUGUACUUGUGUGUCUUGAUCCUGCAAACAAUACCGCUAAUGAAUUUAAAGUAGACGAGAAAAACUCUCAUUCAGAUUUGAAUGGUAGCAUAUCGAUUAAUCUGUUUAGCAGAUCUUACGUAGACGGACCGAUGCGAUUAAAACGGAAAGAAUGGCUUGCUCAAUGCAACACGAUUGUAAACGAUGUGCUCAACCAACAUACACAACCCACUCAACCUAUCAUGGAUGCCAUCAUUAAAUAUUUGGCAACUACGUUGCCUCACCAGUCUGGAAAAUUCAGCAGCAUCAUGCAUCUUUUUAAAACGUUUCAUGAUUUUGAGCAACGUGGGUAUGUUCCUGAGCUUGAAAACUAUCAUGCCCUUCUUUCGUGCAUGAAGAAUCAACACACUUCAAUUGAGGAAUACCCUGGUAGGAUUGGAAUGGAAGCCGUAAAAGUUGUAUACCGCAUGGAAGCAGCAGGAAUCAGACCCACCCAAACGACAUAUUCUUUAGCCUUUCAAGCUGCAGCAAGGGAAGCGACAAAAUAUGUGUCGUUGUAUCUGAUUCAAUUUGAAAACCAUAUGAUCAGUCGCGGAAUAGUACACAACUCCAACCUUGUAGUUCAUGCCAUCCAUGCAUUUUGUAAUGGAAAUUGCAUGGAUGUUGCUGCACAACGACUUCGUGAUAUACGACAUGCAGGAAUUCAGCCUUCUUUAGAGCUCUAUAUCUAUUUUCUCAGUGCUUGCUCCCAGACAUACAAUUUCGGCUUAUUUGCACUCAAAGAACUACGAUGGUGCAUGAAGCGUGAUGGCGUUGAUGCAGAUGUGAAGGCUUAUGCACUUUUCAUUCGGUGCUGCGUCAACACACGAGAUGUCUUUUCAGCCAUCAGUAUUUGUGAAGAGAUGAAGCUAAGAAAAAUGCAGCUCACACAGGAGAUGCGAAAUGAUUUGAUUUUACUAGGAAAUGCGUUUGAUGAGAAUGUUCAGCUAGCACUGCGUGAUCUAAUGUAAACCAUUCUGUAAUCGGAGGACAGCGAUUUCAUCAAACCACAAUUCGAUUGUAUAGUAAUAAAGCAUACAAGUUUAUUUG